CGCUGUGCGUUUCGGAGUGGGGGCGGGGGUUGUGCCUGAACCAGUUCGGAAGAAUGACUCUGGAGUCCAUCAUGGCGUGCUGCCUGAGCGAGGAAGCGAAGGAAGCCAGGCGGAUCAACGAUGAGAUUGAGAGGCAGCUGCGCCGGGACAAGCGGGAUUCCCGCCGAGAGCUCAAGCUGCUGCUGUUGGGUACGGGAGAAAGUGGUAAAAGCACAUUUAUUAAACAGAUGAGAAUCAUCCAUGGAUCAGGAUACUCUGAUGAAGACAAAAGAGGGUUCACAAAGCUGGUGUAUCAGAAUAUAUUCACAGCAAUGCAAUCUAUGAUCAGAGCUAUGGAUACGCUCAGAAUUCCAUACAUAUAUGAACAUAAUAAGCCAAAUGCACAACUAGUCCGAGAAGUUGAUAUAGAGAAAGUGUCCUCAUUUGAGAACCCCUACGUAGAUGCAAUAAAGGCUCUAUGGAAUGAUCCUGGAAUACAGGAAUGCUAUGACCGACGACGGGAGUAUCAGUUGUCAGAUUCUACUAAAUAUUAUCUUAACGACUUGGACCGUAUAGCAGAUUAUGGCUAUCUGCCUACCCAACAAGAUGUGCUUAGAGUUCGAGUUCCAACAACAGGAAUUAUUGAAUAUCCAUUUGACUUACAAAGUGUCAUUUUCAGAAUGGUGGAUGUGGGAGGCCAAAGAUCAGAGCGAAGAAAAUGGAUACACUGCUUUGAAAAUGUCACAUCUAUCAUGUUUCUAGUAGCCCUUAGUGAAUAUGAUCAAGUACUUGUGGAAUCAGAUAAUGAGAAUCGAAUGGAGGAAAGUAAAGCACUAUUUAGGACAAUUAUCACAUAUCCCUGGUUCCAGAAUUCUUCAGUCAUUCUGUUCUUAAAUAAAAAAGAUCUUCUAGAGGAGAAAAUAAUGUACUCCCAUCUAGUUGACUAUUUCCCAGAGUAUGAUGGACCUCAGCGGGAUGGACAGGCAGCACGGGAAUUCAUCUUGAAGAUGUUUGUGGAUCUGAAUCCAGAGAGUGAAAAAAUUAUCUACUCACACUUCACAUGUGCCACAGACACGGAGAACAUCCGCUUCGUCUUUGCUGCUGUCAAGGACACUAUCCUACAGUUAAACCUGAAGGAGUACAACCUGGUCUAACUGUGCCUCUUAGAUCUCCUUUUCCCCUUUUCCCCUUUUGGGCAAUUGAAGAUAUUCAAGAGGGACUGUAUUAUCUGUGAAAAAGAUCUGCAUAAUACUAAUUUAUUGCUGGCCUGGACUCUGUGAAAAUUCACAGAGUUUAUAGUAAAUAUUAUGAUUUUAUUUAAACUUUACAGAGGAAAAACAAAAAAGAUGCUGAACUACGUUUGCAGCACAUUUCCUCUUUUUUUAGUCAAAACCUUGUGACCAUAUGUGUUUUAAAUUCACAGUCAUGCACUCACAAAGGAUAGGGGCUUGGGGUGAUUUUUUAAAUUAUUAUUACCAUUAUUAUUAUUUUGCUAACAAAGCAAAAUCAAGUUGGUGUCUCCUUUGACCCAUUUUUCUUUCUUUAAGGUACAAUAGCCUUUCCCCCAAGUUUCAUUCCUUGGUAGAAGUGUUUCCUCUAAAGUGACAUAGUCAGGAAAACGCUUUCACUAGAAUUUAAGCCAUCAAUUGUUUGGAUUUUUCAGUAAACACUUUUUGAAGAAUCAAACUUACUAAUACUCUGAUUUCUUUUUUAAAUUCUUGGCAAAGAUGUCAAAUGCAUCUGCUUCUUGGUACUGUCUUUGCACUGAAGGCUUGGAAUGUUGUUAAAUGGGAACAUUAAUUGUUAGCA